UGUUCCACCAGAACGUUCACUAGCCAUCAUGAAGGUUCAAGCACUCGCGACUUUUGCUGUCGUAGCAGUCUUCCUACCGAUAGCAAACUGCGCUUUAGAAGAAAAUGCUACGCUGGAAGACCGAACGUGUGCUAAGAGGGAUGCGGACGCCAAAAAAGUUACGGGAACCGUGGAAAGUUGCAGUUAUCAUUGCCAACCUGGCGAGGGAUACAGCAACUAUAUAGAACACUACUAUCCAGAUGGUACGUCAUGCCAGUACAACAGUGCACUGACAAGCAAGUGCAUGAAUAAGUUAUGUCAUCAUCCAGACGAUGAUAUAUUCAAGAAGGAGGGGAAAGAGAAUCCAGGAAACGAAGAGGGAAAGAAAAAUGGCAAUAAUGAAGACGAGGGAGAGGAAAACAAAGAGGAUGAAAAUAAAGAGGAGAAGCCGGACGAAAACGAAGAGAAAGGGGAGGAAGGACAUGAAAAAGAAAAGAAAGAUGAGGAAGAUGGUGGAGGCACAGAGGACACUUAAAAGAAACAGAAUCACUCAAACAUACCCACGAAUGCAUGCGUGGAGCUCCUUUUUGUUUUCGGUGUUACGCUUCAAUAAGAAAACCCAUGGCGUGCU